AUGUGGAAGAUGAAAAUGACCGGGUUUUUCGACAAUCAAAUCGAGAAAUCGCAAACGCCACAAUCGUCAGGCGAAUCGGAAAGUGGAAAAUCGACCGACCCACCACCGAACAAUUUCGGGAAACAACCAAGGGGAGACAAGCGACACCCCAGUCAACAGCGAAAGUCAGCAAGGAAUGGAGAAAGUGAGAAAUUCCGCUCGAACACGAUUGUGGAAACAGAAACGAAAUACCGAGUACUGCACAUUCUCGGCUCCGGUGGAUUCGGUGACGUCUACAAAGUGAAGCUGAAGAAGGUUCGCCGAGGAGAAGAAGAUCAACAUGAACGAGCCGUUGAAUUGGAUUGGAAAGAUUCGCUCGGAGCACAUAAAACGAGUGGAGAAGAAGAAAGAGCAGGACAAGCAGAAGGUGCCCGU